AAAGCUUUGCGUUAAGGUUCUGAGGUUGCUUUAUAAUUCUUACAGUGGUGAAAAAAGUUUAUUUUUGAGCUAAAAUUUGAAACUACGUUGAAAAUUGAUUGUAUGGUUGGAAUUGGUUAGUUAAAUCUUAGACUUACUUUCCUCAUUGAUAACGUUUGACUCAUGUUUUCCUAAUACUACGUGGUCCGUGGAACUAACUUUACUCUGUUAGGGCACUGUCAAGAAAUUACAUUGGGGAAUUCUUGUAACUCUGCAGGAAGAAUGUUGUGUCGUCAUCGUCCCCGAGAAUCAGUACUGUAGAUUUUGAAGACAAGUUGAGAGAAGUAGGUUUGAGCAGAUAAUACAGGGAGAAAGUGUCGAAAGGAUGGUAGUGCCAUUAGGUGAUAUAAGUUCUUUGGUUCUUUUGUGUUCUCAGUUAAGUUGAAACUUCCUUGGGGUGGAUUGGUGACUUUUUCUUCAAAUUGCCGUCAGUGCAGACUGCUUGCUGCUUCCUUCUCUUGAGGAUUUCGCGAGUAUAAGAGGAGGAAUAAUCUGCUCGGUUCCUUCCUUGACAAUGAAGAUGCAGUAAGCAUGGAUUGUGUUUUCCACGUGCUGCUUCUUUCUCUUCUUACUCUGUUUUGUAGUUUUCCAUAAAAAAAAACCACAAAGACAAAAUUGUACCCACCUGGCACAUGUGUCUUGGCCUGCACAGCAUCUCCCUUCUCCAUGGCCACUUGGUUUGGUUCCGAGGAUCCCGGCGCUGCCAGUUGUGGUGAGCUGCGAGCGUUGCAGUAAACAUUGUAACUGGCAUUAAGAUGCUUUGAUGCAUUUCAUUUGUAGGGUCUUUUACCAGGGACUCUAGUGCCUGUUGCUGAUAGAGCUUCAUGUUUUAAGGUAAAUUAAAGUCACGUCUACUGCACAGUUUAGUUUACACCUGGGUUAGUGCGAUAGUGUGAGUUGCAUUAGGUCCUGGCUCUUUCUGGGUCCCUGGAUUCUGGAUUAGAGGUAUCUCAGACAUUUCAGGCACUUAAGCCAUUUAUUCGUACAGCUUGGCUUAUUUUCUUACUCUCCUUGGCUUGACUAUGUUAGGUCUUCACUCUGUUGCGGUAUAUUUUAUUGCAGUAGGGUUGUCAAAUAUGUUGUACCACGAAGUUCUUAAAGUUUCUAUCGUAUUUUGGAUUUAGAUGCGCAGACUUAAACAAAUUCAUGCGGUAGAAUAGGGGGGGUCAGCUUUUUACGAGAUUCAGAAAAGCAGGAUCAGGGUCACAACAGUAAAAGUACUGUAUUUUUGAGACUUGCUCUUAAAAGCACUUGUACUUCCCUGUUCAUCUUUGCACCAGCCAGUUCCAGGUAGUUCUGACUUGAGCCCUUACUCUGCGUUCACUUCCCACAACUCCUAAAACUCUUAGUUUUCUGUGUGUUACUGUCACUUAUUUCUGAUUCUUGGGUACGAGAGGGCAGGAAAGUACAAGGUUUUAGUCUUGUGCAACAGAGAUUUUUUUAAGCUAGAGAUUUUUCACCUAUGAAAGCCUUGCUCACCCCUGUAGCUGCUUCUAUGGAGUCGCCUCAUCUGCGCUGAGAACUUGUGUAAAAGUCUUUUGGGUUGCAGCAAAAAUAAUUCAGAGUCCUCACACCUCGGUGCUUAGUAGCAAUGCAAAUAACGUGGAGGAAUGCUGAUUUAUCCUUCUCUCUUGUAUUUUAUGGAGACACACUGUCAAAGACAUUUUACGUGCUUUCUCUGAGAGAAGUUUGUGUAGCUGUACCUCAUGAAAGAGAUGCGGUGUCCUCAAGACAGAUAUGAUACCCAAAGUGGAGAUCUUGGUAGAAUUGAGCAUAGUGAGAAGCUCAACGUUUACUCUUAAUGUGUGAAAAAUCUUGGAAUUGGAAUUGCAUUUUAAUGAAUUUGAGAAUCUCAGAAGUAAACCUCAGAGUAAAACUGGCAUGGCUGUGUAGCAAGGUUUGAAGAACUGGUGUCAUUUUAAAAGAUUGAGGAAAACAGGCAAGUCUGACAAAAGAGAAAUCGGGAAACAGAAGCCCCUAAGCGUUAAGGGGAAUUAGAAGAGCCAAAGCAAUUGUCAAAACCAAAAGAAAAUCAAGCUGAAGAUGAACAGUGACGGAGAACGGUGGGGAGUUCACAAAGAGUGAGCGGGUCUGUUCUAUCAGAAGCUUUAAAGGAUCAGUUUUCCAUUGGAGGGAUAUUGCAGAGAGCUGCAUAGGACCAGCUUUUCCCUGGCAGCAGAAAUGAGGCAGCCCAGAAGGGACAGUGUUGGAAGACCAGAUUUCUAGAAUAACCUGGCAGUUUUGAAAUAAAAUGUCAGCCAAUAUGGAUACUACAGCCCUAAUGCUGGGAUGGUAAAGAGAGGUGCCAGCACCAAGUCUGUUAAAUACUGUCGUUUCUUUAUUACUUGUGAAUGAAAUUAGCUGAAUAUGGAUCCAGGUGGUGGAAGUCUUGGAUUGCAAACACAGGAAUCCAAAAUGCCUCACACUAUGAUUAUGCAGGAUUUUGUGGCUGGAAUGGCUGGCACUGCUCAUAUUGAUGGAGACCAUAUUGUUGUAUCAGUCCCUGAAGCUGUCCUAGUUUCUGAUGUUGUUACCGAUGAUGGAAUAACUCUUGAUCAUGGCUUAGCAGCUGAAGUUGUCCAAGGACCUGACAUCAUCACUGAAACUGAUGUUGUAACAGAAGGUGUAAUUGUUCCCGAUUCUGUUUUGGAAGCUGACGUUGCUAUUGAAGAAGCCUUAGAUACCAGUGAUCACGUUUUGACUUCUGAUCUAAUAACAGAAACCGUUAGAGUUCCCGAUCAGGUUUUUGUGGCUGACCUUGUUACGGGUCCUGAUGGACAUUUGGAGCAUGUGGUGCAAGACUCUGUGUCAGGAGCCAACUCGCCUACGAUGGUUUCAGAAGAAGUUCUUGUAACGAACUCAGAUUCUGAGGCAGUCAUUCAAGCAGCUGGUACUGUUCCUGGCUCCACAGUGACUAUAAAAACAGAAGACGAUGAUGAUGGCAAGAGUACAUCUGAAGACUACUUAAUGAUAUCUUUGGAUGAUGUUGGAGAAAAAUUGGACCAUAUAGGAAGCACUCCCUUGAAAAUCAGUACUGAGGUGACAAAUGAUGAUGUUGCUAAAGAUGACGGUUUUGGUUCAGAAGUCAUCAAAGUGUACAUAUUUAAAGCUGAAGCUGAAGAUGAUGUUGAAAUAGGUGGGACAGAAAUUGUCACCGAGAGUGACUUUCACAAUGGACAUUCUGUAGCUGGAGUAAUUGAACAAGGAGGUGUUGGUAGAAUGCAGCGAGAAAAAAUGGUUUACAUGGCUGUUAAGGACUCUUCUCAGGAAGAUGAAGAUAUUAGCUGUGCUGAAAUAGCAGAUGAAGUUUAUAUGGAAGUUAUUGUAGGUGAAGAAGAAGCUACAUCACUUCCAGACACGCAGCUUGAAGACUCUGGCGUGAAUAAAACUUUUGUCCCUGUUGCUUGGGCUGCUGCUUACGGAGAUGAAAGAAGGCUACCCAGAAGAUACGAAGAUGGUCAAGCGGCAGGAAAUAACUUGGAUACACGAUUAGAAAACAAAAACGGUAAUGCAACACAAUACCUGCAGAUUUGUGAUAGUAUUAGCACUAAUAGAGUGCUAAAACAAAAAACCAAGAAAAGGAGGAGAGGAGAGGCCAGGCAAUGGCAAACAGCUGUUAUAAUAGGUCCUGAUGGACAGCCCUUAACAGUUUACCCUUGUCAUAUUUGUGGGAAAAAAUUUAAAUCCAGAGGAUUCUUGAAAAGGCAUAUGAAGAAUCAUCCAGAUCAUAUGAUUAAGAAGAAAUACCAGUGUACAGACUGUGACUUUACAACUAACAAAAAAGUAAGUUUCCACAAUCAUCUGGAAAGCCAUAAACUUAUAAAUAAAGUUGAUAAAACCCAUGAGUUUACAGAAUAUACAAGAAGAUACAGAGAAGCAAGCCCGUUGAGUUCUAAUAAAUUAAUACUGAGGGACAAGGAGCCUAAGCUACACAAGUGCAAAUAUUGUGACUAUGAAACUGCAGAGCAGGGACUACUCAAUAGACAUCUGCUUGCAGUUCACAGUAAGAACUUUCCUCAUGUGUGUGUGGAGUGUGGGAAAGGAUUCCGUCACCCGUCAGAGCUGAAAAAGCAUAUGAGGACCCACACUGGGGAAAAGCCAUACCAGUGUCAGCACUGUGUCUUCAGGUGUGCUGAUCAGUCCAAUCUGAAAACUCACAUCAAAACCAAACACGGGACUGAUUUGCCAUUUAAAUGUGAGCACUGUCCCCAGGCGUUUACAGACGAAAAAGAACUGCAGCAGCACACAGAAUUAUUUCAAGGGCAUAAGACUCAUCAGUGUCCACAUUGUGACCAUAAGAGCACCAAUUCAAGUGACCUGAAGCGACACAUUAUUUCAGUUCACACAAAGGAUUUUCCCCACAAAUGCGAGGUAUGUGAAAAAGGCUUCCAUCGUCCAUCUGAGCUCAAAAAGCAUAGUGAAACCCAUAAAGGUAAAAAGAUACAUCAGUGUAGACACUGUGACUUUAAAACAUCAGAUCCUUUUGUACUUAGUGGGCAUAUCCUCUCAGUUCACACCAAGGACCUGCCUUUUAAAUGCAAAAGAUGUAAAAGAGGAUUUAGGCAGCAGAAUGAACUUAAGAAGCACAUGAAGACCCACAGUGGAAGAAAAGUUUAUCAAUGCCAGUAUUGUGAAUAUAGCACUACGGAUGCAUCAGGCUUUAAACGGCACGUAAUAUCAAUACACACAAAAGACUAUCCACAUAGGUGUGAGUAUUGCAAAAAGGGAUUCCGUAGACCAUCCGAAAAAAAUCAGCAUAUAAUGAGGCACCACAAAGAGGCCAUAAUGUAAUAUAUGAUCUGGAGAAGGAAGCAAUUUAGAAACUGUGAUAUGCUAAUUGGGGAAAAAAAAAAAAUCUCAUGAACUGUUUCUCCUGGUUUCAAAGCUUGAUAUUAAAUCAUAACUUUACAUUCUUUGUAUUAAAAGUCUUAAAAGUAUUAGGGUUGACAGGGGAUCUCAUAGCCCUAUGAUUGUUGCUUAUCAGAACCUAAAGAGCACUAUAGAAUGCAGAAGGAUGGAUGAAUGUCUUAAAUUUGCAGAAAGAUGGAUGAAUGUCUUCAAAAUUAAUAGUAUUACACGUUGUUAAGCUAUAGAAGACAAAACGAAGGUGAUUGUGUUAUCCAUUUUGUCAGUAACAGCAUUUGUCUCCAAUAUGAAAACAGUUCAGAUAUAUGGUGGGGUUAAUUACAAAUUGUUUGCAAAGGCAACCGAGUCUUAACUUCUUGUGCAGUUUGAAAGGAGAGUAUUGUCAGUCACUUGAGCAUAACGUUUUUAAAUCGUGCCUGGAAAUUAAAUUCCAGAACUGGUCAAAUCUGGGGGGUUGUCCCUUUUUUUUUUUUUUUUUUUUUUUCCCCCUUCAAACAUUUCAUUGGGAAACUUUUUCGUUUCCUUUAUUAGUUUAGGUCCAAUGAGUAAUUUUUUAAUGGUUUUCAAAGCUGCUAACCUAUUUUAUUGCAGGAUAUGAUGUUUAAAAUAUAGCAUUAUGUUAUGAUCUCAAAGGUGGUGUUCUGGUGCUAGGGUUAAAGAUGUGUCUGUAUAUAAUUUCCCUUUUUUAUCUGAAACUGCAGUUGAAUGUUGUUCAGUAUGGCACAUAAAAAAAUUAACUUUGAAUUUGACUUUUUUUUUUUUUAAGGAUAAAAUGGAUGCAGCUCAUAGUGUUGUGACUCAACACUAUUUUUUUUUCUCGCUACUUUGAAAUCUUCUCUAAAAAGAAUAUUAAAAACCAAGUUGAAAAAUGUACCUUUUUUUUUAAUUAAAAUUCAGAGUACUUAGAAGUUCUUUAGGACAGUGUUCCUAAUGGGUAUGACUAUUACUGUCCUACCUGCUAAUAUGAAAUUUUCAAUGUAGACAUAAAAUUGCACCUUUUAAUUAAUUCUUUAAAAAAAUCUAUACCAUGCUAUAAACAUGCAUUUUCAAUUUGUAAGAAAGUAUAUAUGCAGUAUUUAACCAGAAAAAUAUGCUGCCACUAGAGUUUGGAGGUGGAUCUUCAGUUUACAGUGUAUACAUUUAAAAUAUGCAUCCCUUUAAACAAUGCUUUGUGUUAGCAUGCUGCAAAUCAAAUGGCGCUUAAUAUAACAAGCUGGUCUAGGGCUAUUUAAUGAAAAACCUGUUCAUAAAUGUUACGCAUAUAAUGUGUAUUUUUUACUUUUUUAGUUGCUUCAUGUUUGCACACAGCUGUUCACAUGAUAAAUUGUAACUUCAUGCUAUAUUGUGGCUUUGUGUUUCAGAUAAUGUUCAUAUUUUGUUUUUGCACCAGAUGAGAAUCAGUUCCUUGAGAAUAAAUUUUUUUUAUAUUUCUAAACUUCAGAAAGUUAAAUUUGGGAAAUCUCUUAGAAAAAUACGUGUUUUAUGUGGCUGUAAAAAUGAUGUACACGCUGUAAAAUAAGAUUGUCACUGUUAUGUGGGAUUAUUAUUUCUAAAUGUGUUACUCAUCGUAACGGGCAUACAAUAAAACGCAUCUCUUGCACUCCAAAUUUUUUGGAGUUUGCUUUUCAUUUAUGGUGUUUAGGAAAGUCUCAUUCUGUGUAAUUUUGCCUAAUAUUUUUAAUUAUAUUAUUCACUAAUUAAUAUGUAAUGACAUUUCAGGUGAACAGCUAACUUGAGGUAUAUGUGUCAGUCUAUUGAGGGGAGAGUAUUGGGGUUUUAUUUGUCUAACCCUUUAAAGUUACAGGUAAUGUAUUUGUGCUUAUUUCUAAAAUAAUUAUCGAGUGCGAUACUGACAUUCCUUUGACAUUUUUUCCUUUAAGUAAAGAGAACAUAAAACUUCUCACAUAUUUUGGGAAAAGCCAGGUAGGUCUUGUCUUUCUAUCUGCAUAGUAAGAACAGCUUGCAAAACGAAAUACUAAAAAUAUUGCUAUCUUAAUUUCCCUCUCUUUUUAGAAUACUUGAAUUAUGGCAUCAGUAUUAGACUAAAAACUUGAAGAAGAGAGUGCGAUAUUACACGAACUCUUCAUCAAGGAUUUGCAGCGGGCUGUUAGCCAGUGAACUCGUAGGUUUUGUACUAAAAACCAGAAAUCAUGCAGACGUGAACCUAUUAAUCUGGUUUUGUUCAUACUCAUUUUUUUGUAUGCCCAGCAGUCAAAGGAGGAUGCUGUAGCAUUCCAAAAGAUCUUAGAGAUUAAAGUUGUGGGGUUUUGACAAUUUUAAUGCUUUAUUCCUGAACAUUAUGUUGAAUACAUAGACUGAAGGAGUUUCUUCAUAGCAGACUGAAGAUGAUCGUUCUGACUCUGUGGCAAAGCACACAUCCGUGCUGGCUCAUUUUUCCACCUUACAGAUGGACGGAAUAAUCAG